UCGAACUCCAACUCGUCUCGUCAUUUGUUCCGUUUUCCUUAUUCAUUUAAUCGAGGUUUUUCAAGCGUUUGCCUGAGAAUUUCAUUGAUUCUCAUUUCAACAAUUCACCUAAUUCUCUGUUGAAAGAUUUUCCCAUCGCCUUCUCAAACCGGUGUUGCUACGGAACCUAAUCGUACUAGAAGAUGUUCUCAGAAAUUGCAUCGUUUCUCCUUACAAUUAAGGUUUUAGAUUGGAUUUUAGGGUUGCAAAUGAAUCUUUUCUUUAUAAUUUUCAGUACUUGAAGCAGCUUUCAGUUGCCAAUUUGAUGAUCAUGGGUGGUGUUGCUACUUAUUAUCUGAAGACUGAAAUACUUCCUACACCAGCGGAGAUGAUUCAACUUCGUUAUGCCCGAGAGUAUAAAUUCCUAAACACGCAGCAGCAGUCAAGGUAUGAAAUACUACGGCCAAGGGUGGCUAACCAAGCUUGUUGGUGUACAAUCUUGGUGCACCCAAGGUACAAAUGGCGCUUGUUCAGGUUAGUUGGUUAACCCUCUUCAUUCUCCACAGCCGAUGAUCAGUUAACUUCCCCUUUGCUUAUAAAUAAUCAGUCACUCUACUUCUUGGUCUCUUGGAUUGUUCUAGAAGCUGAUCAAGAAACCAUAUCUUCUUCUUCUCUUAAUCUCUCUGCUUAUCACUACUCCACAUUACAGGAAUCAUCAGAAGAAGUUGUUGAAAUCAACAGCAUGUCGACAUUAAAAGAAAUUGAAGAAAUGUUAGAAUCUGAUUUCGAGUAGAUUAGUUUUUCAGAACAAUUAUGGACAAACUGUACAAAUGAAGCACUGUACUUACUGUAUUCACCUUUGUUUGUUCACAUCGCUUCUGGAAGUUUAGAUGAUAAAGAAUUUGAUCAAUACGUUGCUGAUUAUGCAUAUCUUCUGAAAGAUUUUGUGGAAGUGUAUAAGUUAGCAGCAGUUCAAUGUAAAAAUGUUUCUCAUAAGACUGAAUUCUCAAGGUGGAGUUUUAAUGUGAAGCAACAAUUGGGAAGGCUCAAUUCUCUUGUUGGUCAAAAACUGGGUUUAAACCCUACAAAAGAGACCACUCUUCACCCUGCAACAGCGAAAUACAAAGAGUUCUUGUUAGCAACUGCUUCGGGUAAUAUACAAGUUAGUGAAUUUCCAAUACAGCAGUCAAAAAUUCCUGCUUAUACUCUUGGUGCUGUGACGCCAAGCCUGAGACUCUAUGCCUUUCUUAGUGAGACGAUGCAGAAACUUGUCAGUCCUUAUGAUUAUUCUCACCCAUACAGAAAGUGGUUCACGGAAUAUUCUUAUGCAAGUUUCGAGACAUCAUACCUGGAUUCUGAGGAAAUGCUUGAUAAGCUAUGCAACUGACGAAGAGAUUGAAGUCGUAGAAAGGCUUUAUUAUCAAGCUAUGGCACUUCAAAUGGACUUCUUUUAUUCUCGACAGUCUGAGCAAACCCUGAUCAUCCCAAUAUAUACAAAGCUUGAUCCUAAGGAGGAACAUCUGAUGCUUUUUGCAGAUUUUGAUUUUACAUGUACCAGUGUGGCUUCUUUGGAAAUAUUAACAAACAUCGAAAUAUUGACUGCUCAAAAUCCUGAUCAGCAACUGCACGGUGAGGAUAGAGAGAGACAUUCUCAGGUUACAUCAAUAGAUUUGAGGAAGACUUGGGAGCUUCUUUCCCAGCAGUAUACUUCAGAAAAUAAUAAUUUCGUUGAGAAAAUUAUGCUAGGUAAAAAAGGUAGGAUCAGACGAUCGGUUCAUGAAUUGGCAUGUAAAAACUAUCUAGAAUGUUUUGAACUCUUAAGUUGUGUAAACAGAAAAAGAGCAAGUGUUUGCUUACUUCUUAGAUGUCUGACCCUCAAAUCUCAACCUUGUGUUUUCUUUUUCUUUCCUUUGCACCUGUUACUUUUGAUUAUGAAGGACUCUACAGUGCACUUGUAAAGCUCUCAUCUUCCAAGGAGCAAGCAGUUUCAAGAAUAUUUGGUUCUGGUGUACUGAAGGGUAUAAGCUUGGAGGACAUAAAGCAAGCUGGCAAAUGUAUGAUACUUCAAAAUGGUUGCAUGAACUUUUUUGAGAAGGUGAACAAUCUGGAUGCAUCUCUCGUUGUAAUGUCAUGUUGGAGUGGGGACCUAACUAGGUCAGCUCUUUCAGGUGGUUUAGACAUGUUGAAAGUAGACGGGAAUGAGUUCAGUUAUGGAGAUGGAAUAUUUACGGGUGAAGUAACUCGUCAGGCACAUCAGUCUGUUACAGCUAAACUUAAAUAUUUUGAGGACAUGGUGCAGGAGAAUGCAAGUGAACGUGGCGUUGGUGCCCGUACUGUUUUCGUUGGCGGCUCAGUUAGUGACUUGCUAUGCCUGCUUACAGCUGAUAUUGGCAUUGUGUUUGGGUCAAACAAAAGCUUAAUCAAGGUGGGAAAGCACUUUGGUAUUACAUUUGUACCUCUGUGUGCUGGUGUGGUCCAGGAACAGAAAAAACGCUUCAAAACUGGCAACCCUAUUGUCUGGACAGGUGGUCUAUCUGGUACUCUUUACACAAUUACUAGUUGGAUUGAAAUACACGCAUUCAUUCUGGGUUGUGAUUUAGUAAAUGAGGAACUCUGAUCCCUAGUGACUAAGUUCUAGAACUCAGCUUUGGGUAUGUACAGAUGGUGUGUGAUGGCGAGUUUUACCGAGGGCUGUGAAUUUCAUUAGCGAACUGUUUGAACGACGAUGAAGAUUUAUCUGAAUAGUUUUUUGUUUGUUUGUUCGCUUUUACGUCUGUUUUGUCAAUGGACUUUGGUAUCUGUUCA